GCCAGAUCCCUACGCAGUGCGCCCCGGACAUAGGACUCGGAGGACGGGGACUAGCGAGCAGAGCGCAGUGCUGCGGCCAAUCACUCAGGAGCGGGGGCAGAGCUUGGGGUGCACGGCACUUUUUUUUUGGGUGCAAAACUUCUCUGUGCCAGGCAAAAAGUUUACCUGUGCCACCCGGUAGGAGAGAGGGAGCGGAGCAGAUAGUUGGUAUCCAGCGGCCGUCAUCACAGGACUCCCCUCUCCUAGCACUCUUUGUCCUCCGCCUGCAUCAUGCUCUGGAUAUCCUUCUCCCCUCUGCUGCUUUGCACUUUAGCCGCCUGCAGCCUGACCGUCCGGGCUGACAAGACGAAAAGUUGUGUGGAGGUCCGGAAACUUUAUGAGUCCAAAGGCUUCAACCUGAAUGAUGCUCCAGUCCAUGAAAUCAAUGGUGACCAUCUGAAGGUCUGUUCACAAGGACACACGUGUUGCUCUCAAGCGAUGGAGGAGAAAUACAGCCAGCAAAGUAAACAUGAUUUCAAGGCUGCGGUCACAGAGCCAUGUAGUACGCUGCAGAAUAUAUUUUCUUCCAGAUACAAUAAAUUUGAUGAAUUUUUUAAAGAACUUCUUAAGAAUGCGGAAUCAUCACUGAAUGACAUGUUUGUGAGGACUUAUGGGCGAUUGUACAUGCAGAACUCAGAACUUUUUAAGGACUUCUUUGUGGAGCUGAGGAAGUACUACGUCGGAGGGAACGUAAACUUGGAAGAAAUGAUCAAUGACUUCUGGGCUCGGCUGCUGGAGCGCAUGUUCCCGCUAUUAAACCCACAGUAUCACUUCACCGAUGAGUAUCUGGAGUGUGUCAGCAAGUACAUUGACCAGCUUAAACCAUUUGGAGAUGUACCACGUAAGCUUAAGCUCCACGUGACCCGUUCCUUUGUGGCAGCCCGCACCUUUGCACAAGGUCUAGCCAUGGCCAGGGAUGUGAUCAACAAGGUGUCCAUGGUAAACCCCACUCCUCAUUGUGUACGGGCGGUGAUGAAGAUGACGUACUGUCCUUACUGCCGGGGGCUUGUUACAGUCAAGCCUUGUAAUAAAUACUGUUUGAAUGUUUUGGGAGGAUGCCUGGCCAAUACCGGUGACCUUGAUGUCGAAUGGAACAACUUUAUAGAUUCCAUGUUAAUGGUGGCCGAACGACUGGAGGGUCCAUUCAACAUUGAAUCAGUCAUGGAUCCCAUUGAUGUCAAAAUUUCAGAGGCUAUAAUGAACAUGCAGGAAAACAGCAAUCCUGUGUCUGUGAAGGUUUUUGAAGGUUGUGGACCGCCCAAGAUUCUCUCGAAUACAAGGGUUUCCCGUUCUAUAUCAGACAGUAACAUCAAUCAUCGAUUUAGAUCAUACAGCCCAGAAGAACGGCCAACUACUGCUGCUGGGACAAGUUUGGAUAGACUGGUGUCUGAUGUGAAACAAAAGCUGAAGGCAGCCAAAAAGUUUUGGUCCUCUCUGCCCAAUAACAUUUGCAAAAACAGGACAUCCGGUGUUAAUGAAGAUGACUGCUGGAAUGGAAGCGAGAAAAGCAGGUACCUGUAUUCAGUCAUGGCCAAUGGUCUGGAUAAUCAGGUCAAUAAUCCAGAUGUGCAGGUGGAUGUCACAAAUCCAGACAUAAUGAUUCGUCGUCAGAAGGUGGCGCUGCGUACUAUGACAAGCGCAUUGAGAAGCGCAUAUAACGGGAAUGAUGUGAAUUUCCUUGACCCAAGUGAGGAGAACAGUGGAGAAGGUAGUGGAAGCGGUGAAUGUGACCCACAAAAAUGCCCAGAUGAUUUUGACCUCAAAUCUACAGACGAUCCAGGCAAAAUUAAACCAAAGAUCUUCUUUUCUGAUAACACUGUGAGAGUGGGAAGUGGUGCUCAUUCCAGCACUGUGUCAUUCACAGUCAUUGUACCAAGUAUUAUGCUCUUGGUGAGAUUUUGCAGAUAAUGCAAGUUUUUCACAAUUCUAGCAAAAAUAAAAGACUUUUUUUUUAAAUCAAAAUGGAAAAUGCACCUUUUCCUCCUUAAAAAUCCAUCGAACAGUUUUUAUCUCUUUGUACAUGAAUGGACAAAGGUGUAUUGUUUGUUUUUUAACACCGCGCCACCGAGUCAAGUGUUGGAUUCAUUCUUAUUCUUCACUGUGCUGGAAAACGUGGACUCGUAAAGAUGAUCGUGGCAGGCUUGUAUAUACAGAUGUGUAGGUAGCUGAGCUUUAGUGUUUUAUGUCACCUCUCCGUGUCAUUAAUCCCACGGCUAGACAUUUUUUUUUUUUUUUUUUUCAAGUGUUAUCUGUACAGAAGCUAAUUUUAUUUAUCAUGUUAUAAUUUGGGAUAAAAUGACCAAGCAGCCAACAAAAAGUAACGCUUUAUUUAGUGUUAUACCCUUGUUUUUAAUAUAUUUUUACAAAGCUGAGUCUGUGGAUUUGCCUAAUGUCGUUUUACAGGCCGCAAUGUGUUUGGUACGUCGACCAAGUGUCAAACUUUUUUUUUCCCCGACGAGUCCUCUUAUGUUAAAAGCCUAUUUACAUGGAUCAUCUUUACAGUUUCUCCAUUAAGAAAAUUUUACCGUUCACAAUAUUUUCUAUGUCAGUGUUUUUGUUUUUUUCAUUGGUACAUUUGUUUUUGUAUGUUGUGUGUUAAUCCUCUGUGAAGCAGAAUACAUGGUUUAUCGAAGCUUGGUCAACUUGUUAAUGUAAGUGUCCUUUGGUGAGGGUUUUCUGCACGUUCAUGCAGUAUUAAAUCUGCCCAUUGGUAACUUAUUAAGCACGACUUUUACGAUUCUACACCCCAUCCGAAGGGUUGUUGGUUGAUGAAUGCAACAUUUGAUUAUCUAAUGGCAUAGUCCUGGAAAGCAGUUGUGUAGGAAGCCUUUUUUUUUUAUGGUCACACCUCAUCCUUCAGAAUAUGAUCUUCAUUCAUUUCCAUUUUAUUUAAGCUUUUAGGAAUAUAUCCAUUUGUAUACAUUUUGUGUAUUUUUUAUUUUUUUUUUGCUUUUUAACAUCCAGAUGUUUUACAUUUGAAUAUACAUACUUCUGUGACGUUGGUCAGUUUUAAUGGUACGUCUAGCAAUACAAGUAUUACUCAUUGGCAAUGUUCAGUAAGGAAAUUUUUAUAUACUAUCUUGUCUAUAUAAAUUAAAAUAUUCAAAUAUAGAAUCUGUCAAUGUAAAUGUGACCCAACUCAAGGGGAUGUAAUUUUUAUAUAUAUAUAUUAUUUUUUUUUUGUACAAAGUUAGUUAAACCUACUGUUAUGUGGAGGAGCCUGAUCUUUGUAAGUUUGUCUAGAAUAAACAUUAACAAAUUAAUUUUGAUUUCAGCCACGGGAAAGUGCCAACAGAUUUCUUUUAGAAUAUUCAAGCUAUCUGGCUUUUUUUGAGAUAAUCAGAUUAAUCAUAAUUUAACACGCUAUUUAUUAAAACUUUCAUGGCAUGGGGUUUUUUAGUUUUUUUUUUCUAAUUAAAAAGGAAACUAUACAGAAAAAUGACAAAAAAAAUUGGUUGAGACAUUGUAAAUAACUUUUAUUUAAAAAAUUUUUUUAGAUGGGAGAAGAAACAGCGUGCUAAUACUUAGUAAUAACUACCUCAAUUCUGAGGAAUUCCCUUUUUUUUUGCUUUGAGGGCUAUUACUUUUAGUGGUCUGUGCCUCCAUAAUGGAACUAGUACAGCUAUCCCUACAGGCCUAGUUAGGUUUUUUUUUUUUUUUCACACACAGCACUGAAUUCUUUCCAUCAGUUCUUAAGAUUUUUUUUAUUUUAUUUUUACUUUGCUUAUUUGUUUUCUUAACCUAGUUUGUAUGUAAAAAGUAGAUAUUUUUUUUAUUUUUUGAGGGUGCAAAUUAUAUAUUAUCGCCUUUGUUAUACACCCAAGGACUGUAUAAAAUGGAGAACAUAUAACAAUUGGUACAAAUAACCCAAAAAUCCUUAUUGCUGAAGUUAAUGGAUAUAAUUUCUAUGUUCGUCAUACUUUUUUUUUUUUUUUUUUUUUUUCUUUACCAUUCUUGCCAUUUCAUAGUAAGGUCUACUAAUGGUACACUUUAUUUACAUUAUAUAUAUAUAUUUUUUUUUUUUUAUAGAAUUAAAUAUAUAAAUGGAAAAAUACAUUUGUAAACACUUUCUCUUUUUAAUAAGCAAGGAUAUAAAAAUGAAUUUGUAAGUAAAUGAGAGCUGUUUUUUUUUUUUUUUUUGCAAUUUCUAAUGGUAAAGAGGUCUCUGUAGAAUUUGAAAAUGGUAGCAGGUUGGUGAUCCUGGGGAUAAAGGGCAAAUGCAGACACAUGUCAAAUAUCCAUGUCUGCUUUAGCUCAUAUUUAUUUAAGCUAUGAAGGAAAGCAUAUGUAGGUGUAUAUUAAUCUAUGGUAAAUUAGGUGUGAAUAUAAUUUUUUAUAAAUGUAAUCCAGAUAUGCAUUAUUACCAACUAACAUGGAUAUAAAACAGUAUGUUACUUCUAAGGUGUAUUCCAUAAUGUAAAACCUAAAGAGAAGUUGUUUUUGAAAAAUCAUAAAUUUUUUGGGGUGAAUGUUUUUUGGACAUAUCCAUCAUUUAUAUGGACACAGCAUUCAAUAGUGCAUUACAUUACAUACGCUAGUGGAGAUUGUUACCCGAUUCCGAUGCUGCCAAUUUUAUGAAGCGCCAAUUAAUUUCUCGAUACGUUUUUCCACCGUGGGAAGAAACUUGUGCAUCUAAGGGCUCAUGCACACGACCGUCCGCAAAACACAGAUCUGCAAAAAGUACGGAUGACCUCUGUGUGCAUUCCGUAUUUUGUGGAACGGAACGGCUGGCCCCUAAUAGAACAGUGCUAUCCUUGUCCGUAAUGUGGACAAUAAUAGGCCGUGUUCUAUUGUUUUGCGGAACGGACAUACGGAAGCGGAAUGCAUACGGAGUGACUUGCGGAUCCUUUUAUGUAUGUUCAUACAAAAUAUCUAUAAAAGUUUAUUUUAUCCUUCAUUGCGCAAACUGCUUAACGAUCAGGAGGUGGCGGACACGGCAGACUUUUCUGUCAUGCAGCGGUGAUCAUGAUUGGUCUUUCUGCCUUACAUUUGUUACUUUUUUAUUUUUUACUAAAUGUGCCUUUAAAUGUAUAAAAGUGUGCUUUUGUUGUGGCGGCCAUGCUAUAUAAAAUAAAAUAAAAAUGCAAAUUUUUUAAAAUGAAGACAAGCCAUUUUUUAUAUAUAUAUAUUACAAAUACAAGGGGUUUGUAGGCGAUUCACAUUUGGGGUUCACUACUAAAGCCAUACUAAUGAUAGCUUCCCCUUUUCAAUUUAACAGUUUUCCACCAAAAUGUCUUGAUCUAUUUUAUGUUUUUUAUUUUAUUUUUUAUGAAUAAAGCAUAUGCAGACUUUAGGAAAACUACACAUGUGAACGGUUUGGAUAAAUUUAAUACUCUAUUUUCUUCCCCAUUUAUUUUUAUUUUUUGAACAUGCACUAAGUCUGAAAAAAGUUGAAUUUCGGCGUUUGUUUUCCAUUAUGGACAAAAGUGGAAUCAACUUUUGCCGAAUUAAUUUGCACAAACCAAAACAUGACACAGUUACUUAGUAACUAUAAAAUAAUUUAGUAAAGUAAGACUGUCGGCCUUUGCAGGGUUUUUUUGUAAGUAUUUUUAGGUUUUAUCGGAAACAUUAUAUAUGUGCCAAGAAUUGUGUGGUUAAAGCAGUUGUACUCUCUAAAUUAUUUGACCCACGUGUAAGUGUAUUUGGGUUGCAUUAUCAAAUCUGGAAGUUUUUAAUGUUUCCCCAAUAGUUCAUCAGUAAUUCUCAUUAACUGGUUAGCUGGAUGGUUGGGAGGGUCAAAUGUUUUCUGUAUUUUUUUUUUUUCUCCAAUAUACAGUAAUUAACUUAAUUUUUGUGUGUAGAUUUUUUUUUUUAACAUUGUAUUUUUUUAUAUCCGCAUCAGUGAAUAAAAAUAGACUAUGCCAAGUUUUUCAAAUUUCAAUUGGAAGAAAGUGUUUUUUCCUGUUCAUUAUUUGUGCAAAUAAGUUUUUAGGGAACCUAACCAGCUGAGAGAAAAAUAAAUAUAAAAAUAAAUAUAUAUUCAUAUGAAACUUGACUUUCACUUGGACAACUUUUAGUUUGCUAAUUUAAAAGGAAAGGUGCUUGUGUACAGUCAAUACAUACACACAUUAUAUAUAUAUGCAGAUUGUUGCAUAUUUCCAUUAUUUUGAUGUUUAGGUUGUGUCUUUUUCAGUUAUAAUGUGCAUGUUGUACAAUCUGUUCUUUACUGUCAAACGUUCCCGCAAUUAAACACCUGGACAAUAUGCUCCAACAGAAUCAAAUUAAAUAAACGGAAUUACGUUUU